AUGGAGUCAUUGCUAGCCCAGAAGCGUUCGAGAGUCGGUGUUGACCGGAAGAGACGAGAUCAGAAGCCCCGAGUGUUUCCCUCUUGUACAUCAUGUAGGGAGAAGAAAUUAACGUGUAAUCGUCGGGAUCCCUGUGAUAAGUGCCAGAAGAAAGGUCAGGAGACGAAUUGCUAUUACAGCGGAACGAGGAGCAUCCAGCAAAGCCAUGAGACACACAGCGACUGCGAAGCCCGAAUGAGAAAUCUCGAGAGCAGAUUGCUUCAACUUGAAGCCGAGGCUCAAAAUCAACACUGUUCGCUGCGAUGUUUAUCCACGCCUGGUUCUCACGAAACGAGCCAGGCCACUGAGGAGCACGUUGGCGAAGCGUUGCUCGCUGAUAUGUAUGAGCCUGAAGUUAUGCUGGUUGAGAACGCCGGAAGUCGGUCAUUCAACCGAAAUCAUUGGCGAGCUAUAACGAAACACGCAACCCGCGAUAUUGACGCGAAUGAAGAUGUAAUGCCCCAAUACGAGCCAAUUCAAAUUCCAAUGCUUCUAAGGGGAACACUAGGAGUCGACGAUAUGGAAACCCUUUUGCGAGUAUUACCACCACGAGACAUCGCAGACGCGUUGGUCCUUCGCUACCUAGAUUCCGCCGAGCCAUCUCUCAGUCGUGGCCUUACUGGCUCUUCAAAAGUGAUUAUUCAUAUCCCCACAUUCAAACAGGAGGCAAUUUAUACGGCGAUCGUGCAUCGAACUGUACCAAAAGUUUCAUUGUUGACAGAUAAGUAA